AUGUUUACAAGUCAAAGCGGCACUCCUCGAUGGGGAAUUGGUCCCUCUAGCGACAGAUCAAGUUCAACACAAAGUGAGCAUUCACACUUCAAUUCACCAUCAUCGUCCUCUUGUACGGCUCGCCAUUUGUGCCCAACUACGCAGAUAAGCUCCCUUUCUUUGAACCCACUGGCACCACCCUUUGACUUAGCUGCAGGAGCUCCACAGUUCUUUCCUCCACCUCCAUCACGUUCACCACCUAUUCCACCCGCAUUUGCGGAUACCUCUCCUUUUAAUCACCAACAACAGGUGAUAGAUCGCCAACAAAACAUCCUCAAAUCAAUACAAAAUCGGAACUUGCCUUUAGCCAUGGCACCUCUCAAUUUGCCCACUGGCCAGCCAGCUCCAAACGCAUUCCAGUUUAACAACAAUAUCUAUGGCUUUCCACCCUCUCUUUCAAGUCUUCAAAAUACCAGCCAGGAAUCCGCCAAUUCUAACGAUUCCUUCCGAACUCAAGUACCUCUUCCAUGGAAUCUACCAUCCGAGUACGAAAACAAUGGUGCCGUUGCAAUUCCCGAUCCAAGUCCUUUUGCUGAUCCUCCAUUGCCAUUUGCUACGCCUGAUUUCAGUAAUGGCCAUGAUGCUCGUGUUCAGUUUCAACCAUUUGCCAACACUUCUCACAUGAACAUGAAUGGCGUGUCUGCUGGAAGUUUUGGUCAAGAGACUGGGUACCAGGUGCCAGGUCAACAACAGCAGCAAUGUUAUCAACAGGAUAAUUUCGGUAUCGGUAUGAAUGGUAUGAACGGGUUCAAUGGCGCUAACAACACAUAUCAAUCACCACCUUACAAUGGCCAGAUCGGAGGUCUUCAAAAUCCUCAGAUCGGCAAUGGCCAGGUUGGAAAUCAGCAUCAACAUCAACUCAGUUUCAACGGCCAUUGUGCUCCCACUCAACCCGGCUUCCAACACCAAAACAUGGGUAUGCGACCACAAUUGCCGCCUCUUGCUACUCAGUUCCCGGCGAACCCUUACAAUCCUCAAUACAAUCAGACAUACUCCGCUCCACCAACUGGUAUGCAUGGGCAACAAUUUCACAACGGCGGUGGCGGUAAUAAUAAUUAUCGUGGUCUAAAUUCCACCUCUGGUUCAGCUUCAAGCAUGGUUUCAAACCUGAACUUUGGUAGCCUCAGCCUCGGCAUGAGUCCAAACAGCAUCGGCCCGAACGGUAAUCAAAAUAAUGGCUACGGCCAUGUCAACGGCAACAGCAACGGCAACAGCAACGGCAACGGCAAUGGAAAUGGCAUCCGCAAUGGUAUGAUGCAGAAUCACACAAAUGGAAAUUUCCAAGCUGCAGCUGUGAACAACAACCCUGCUGCUAAUGCUCGCAACGCACCAUACUUGACUCUUCCAUCUGUUGGCAGUAUCUAUCAUCCACUUCCACCAAAGCCACAGUUUAAUGCGCAGAAAGCUGAUACCGCUAAGCCUGAUCUUGGUCAUCACGCUUACGUAGCUAUCAAUAGCAAUCCUCAAUCUGUCGUCCAUACCCCUCAGCAGCAAAACCAAAGUGUGCAAAGUCAACAAGGCAGCAAUAGCAUCCAAUCACCUGUGUCAUCCAGCGACUUCCCAGUCUCUGCCACUGCGUCUGAGCCCAGAGCAAAUUUCACCCCCAUGCUUCGAUCCAGCCGCGGCAAGACUAUUACCGCUUCUGCAGAUCGUGCCCAGCAGGUCAACGAUUGGGUUCAGAAUACACCGACUCGUGGAAGUUUUUCGCGCGAGAACUCUAUCACAGGAGAUGGCGUAGUUGAAGUUGACAAUACUCCCAAGAUGUUGGAUUUCAUUGCUGAAGGAGUUGAGCGCGAUGUCAAUGGCUCUCAUGAGCGUAUGCCAGGCGCUGCUGGCUUUACUCCACGUCCUCUUGCGAUUAACCCGUUCAAUCCAAUCACCGCACUCACUUCGUUCAGUCCUAACUCUCGUUUUGGUGCUGGUGGUGGAAUGAGUUCUUUACUUCGCGAGUUGACCAGGAAUGGUACUAGUGUGCCAACUGCUGAUGAGGCUCUCGACAUGAGAUUCUUGCCUUUUGAGGAGUACUGUCGCCAAGCCAAGCCAGUUCAAUGGGGUGUUAUGAGAAUCAAGAAUAUUCCAUACGGUGUCACUCGUCAAGAAAUCCUCGCAUUUCUCGGUCGUAAUGCACGAAUCGCGGCGGCAGAUGACCACGAGCCGAUUCACAUCAUCAUGGAGCGCGUCACCAGUAAGACACUUGAUGCAUACGUUGAGUUCAUCAGCUUCUCCGAGGCUGCAAACGCCGUUCAGCGUUUCGAUACGAACCGCAUUGGUGGUCGAGGUGGACGUCUUGGGCAACGCCACGUUGAAGUCGAGUUGUCGUCACAGGAGGAGUUGAUGAAGCAGCUGUUCCCCAAGGCAAAGAAUGUCAAGUGGCAUGGUUCCAAGCCGGAGAUAAUUGCUCGUGAUGAGAAUGAUAGAUAUAAUUCUGGCUUCCAAGGUUUUGUCAGCCGUGAAGAACUGGUUAUGCUGGUUAAGCAUGUCGAGUCUCCACAACGUUCUCCUUUCUCAAAGGAUUGUCCACAGCGACCAUUCGAAUGCCUCGUUAGCACCUUGAUCAAGUUCCCUUGGGCAAUGGUCGAUCACGUUACUUGUCUAGAUCGUGAGUUGUUGUAUAAGGCAACAAUUCAAUUGCUUGCGUUGCUUGUUGAGCGUGUUGACAACAAUGAUGAUCCACUCAAUCUCAACGCUCAGUUGUUGAAGCGAGUUUGGCGCACUGCUCUCAAAUGCGAAGGCUUCAGUCCUUGCAUGAAGGAUAAUAUUGUAUUCAAGAUGAAUAUUGACCCUCAAAUCGCUCUUGAGCUUGGCGUUCCUCCACAGGCUGACCUCUGGAGCUACGUCUGGACUAUUGGACCAAGAAAGGACGUUGCAUAUGAUCUCGUUGAAUACUACAUCAAGCUCAUUCAUGACGCUACCGCAGAUAAGAAACAGCUCACGCUGGCCGAGAAAGCUGCAGCUAGGGCUACAGAGAUCCCCCGAGUUCCUAAUAUCUUCGGCAAUAUGGACAAACUUGUUGACUACACGGACUGUAUGGACUUGACCCUCGCUGCGCUUGCUCUGAAGGAGUGGACGGCAUUCGAGCAAGUCAUUCGACAAGCACUUACUCCAGCUUUGGAGGCCGGCCCAUGUACCUAG